AGGUGCUGUUAAUGUAAUCGACAUAACGGCCACACUUUCCUUUUACAUCGAUUUAAUAUUACAAAACUUUUACUCACAUCUGGAAAACGCCGAUAUAUUAGAGUUUUUCUCCAUCAUUAGAAUUAUGCGAUUAUUCAAAUUGACCCGACAUUCGGCGGGUCUUAAGAUUUUAAUACAGACUUUCAAAGCGAGUGCCGGAGAAUUGAUUUUAUUAGUGUUUUUUCUGGUGCUCGGAAUUGUGAUCUUCGCCAGUCUUGUGUAUUAUGCGGAACGCAUACAAUCAAACCCAGACAAUGACUUCAACUCAAUACCUCUGGGCCUCUGGUGGGCAUUGGUUACUAUGACCACAGUUGGAUACGGAGAUAUGGCGCCAAAGACAUACGCCGGGAUGUUUGUGGGCGCUCUGUGCGCGUUGGCCGGUGUGCUGACGAUAGCACUGCCGGUGCCGGUCAUAGUGUCCAACUUCGCUAUGUUUUACUCACACACUCAGGCGAGAGCUAAACUGCCAAAGAAGAGACGACGAGUGGUGGCCGUCGAGCAGCCGACGCGGCCUAUACCAGCAUUUUGUGGCAUUAGAGAUAUGGCGCCAAAGACAUACGCCGGGAUGUUUGUGGGCGCUCUGUGCGCGUUGGCCGGUGUGUUGACGAUAGCACUGCCGGUGCCGGUCAUAGUGUCCAACUUCGCUAUGUUUUACUCACACACUCAGGCGAGAGCUAAACUGCCAAAGAAGAGACGACGAGUGGUG